ACUGCUCGGACCGCUCAAACUUGUAUUUUGCACUCUGAAGACUUCAUCAUGGCAGAAGUUGUCUCAAUUCUCGGCGCUAUUGCUACGACUGGAAACAUCCUCUAUUCCUUCACCAAACAGGUAGAGAAAUGGCGCCAAAUCUCUGACCGACUACUCGAUUUGCAAGAAGGCCUUCAAGUCUGCGAACUCACAUUAGACAGCUGGCGGCGCAAAUACGACGUCCAAGAGCGCCGACCGAUAGUUUACAUGCAUGUGCUGUUCGGGAAGCUAGGCUGGGAACGCAUUCAGCAAACACUAGGAGGCAUCCGUAUCAUCUCCAAGACGAUCGGUAAAGAGGUGGACGGUGUUGUCGAGCGUGCCACUAGGGCUAGGCCCAGAGGAGCCCCAAGAGAGUACUAUGACAGCAAAUACGACGAGCGUUUGGUUCGCAUGUGCAUCCAGAGAAUCAGCAAGAACACUGCCUGGACUAGAAAAUUUAAGCUAAGCGUAAUGGACAAGGCCGGUGAUUUGCAGAUCGAACUCGAGAGACUCAAUCGGAAGCUCAUCAAUCUAGAGCGAUUGUCAGAUUAUUAUCUCGAGAAAGAGCAUCCAGAUAUCUUCCACAACAUCAAGCGACUUCCGGGCAGACGAAUCAUCCUUCGCGUAGGUGACUCCCAGAUGGACGCCGUCCAACAGAAAGUCCUCAGUGCACUAGCUGCCAGGAAGGACGCAGAACUCCUCCACAGAGCCAGCGCCCAAGGCGCUCGUUGCCAUAUUGGCAUCAGCGUCCCCCAAAUCCACAAACGAGACUUCGCCUUCCUCCUAUCAGGCGGAAAUAGGACACACGAAGUACUGAUCCACCCGAUUAAAUUUCGCGAAGGGACCGACCGCCAAAUGCUUCAACCAAACAUGUCCACCGCAGUCCCAGCACUCAUCCAAGAUGUCUCUAGACCAUGCUACAUGCUCCCACCCACAGCACCCUUAAGCGCCGGAUUUCAAGUCACAAUACCACACAGCAACAACCUCGCCGAUCUGGAGUACCGCGAACCUCUCAGUGCGAUCCUCAACUCUAACAUCCUCACCCAGCAAGUGGUCCACCCGCAAGACCAAGUCGCCAUCGCAUGCGGCCUCAUCCAAGGCAGCUUUCGUCUCCUCGGCAGCCAAUGGCUCGACUUCAUGGAUUCGAGGAACAUCCGCUGGCGCCGCAGCGCCGACGCCCGCUGGACGACUAUGAUGGCCGCUGCGCCGGGCGAUGCGCCUACAGCACGCACCCUCACUGCAGUGCUAGAGAAAAACAGAGCCCGCCGCGACCGCCGCGACCUGACAAAGCACUGCCAGAUGUUUAGACUCGGCCUCCUCCUGACCGAACUCGCCUUGAAAACUCCAAUCACGUACAUUGAGUUCGACGAGCAGACCUCAGGCGCGAGGAUAUUCAUUGAUAGUAUAGCAUCUGGACCGCUUGACGCGCACGAUAUAGUGGCUGAAGUGGAGACAAGAACGAAUACGAUGUAUGGGAAUAUCGUCUUCUUUUGCUUGUCGGUGCUGCAGGAUAAGGAUGCGAUGGGGAACAAGGAGAUUGAGAGUUCUUAUUAUAAGGAUGCAGUUAAGCAGGCUGAGGAACUUGAGACGAUUAUUGGGUCGGGGAGGAGGAGAGGGUCGAAUAGUGAUGCGGGGAGUCCACAUUGAAGUGUCACAAUGGUGUGAAGACUUCAGUCUUUCAAAAAAAAAAAAAAAAAAAAAAAA